UCCUCCACCAUUUCGCUGCGUAAAGUCUCCUCCCCGCGACCGCUACAUUCUGCGCCGAAACCCAGUCUCUCCCGGUCCGUAUUUUAACUUCUUCCCACAGACCUAGUGGUACCUCGUUGGGUACCGGGAGACAGUUUGGAUUACUGGCAUCACGGAUUGAGUGCGAUUUUACGCGGAUGACGACUCCUUCAACGAGAAUUUAGUAAAAGAAAAUUGGUCGGAAAUUUCAGAAUAUGUGGAGGGGACCCUAAUUUCAGCAUCCUGGAAGUAGAAAGCACAGAAGAUCUGUGUCUCACACCACAGACAGGUGCAGUGUGUAGCCGGGGCAGCACAGAGGAAGGAAGCUCUGGGGAGGAGGCGGUGCGGCAGCGUGCCUCUCCGGCUGUGGAUGUGCUGGGUGGCAACCCCCAGGCUGCACAGAAUGUGGCUGGGGAGUCACCUCGGCAUGCCCCGCAGCCGGUCGCAGCUGCCUCCCGCCCAGUCCCUCCGUUCACCAAUCCGUCCACUGUGCCACUGCCGGAGAGCAACGACUCAGCAUUCCUCGGCAUGGAGAACGCCCCUCAGACCAACUUGCCUGAGACUCUCCCGAUCAGCGGCGACUCCAAGGACAGCAUCUCAGAACAAGUCCCUGCCGAGGAGAGCGCUGUCGGACUUUCAAGGUCCUUGCAAACAUCCCUCAAUGAGGACUGUAGUUCCUCCGCUGAGAUGCAACGGCUUCCAGCUUCCCUUUGUCCCCCUCUCGCCACAGAUACACAGAUUGACAGCACAGUACAGGAGUUGCAAUACGGGUCACAAACUGAUAACGAGAAAAGCCACUCAAUUAGCCAGACAAACCAGAUUCAGCCACCUAGACAAGGUGCUGGACUUGUGGUUAUUACGGGGACAAAGGAGAAACAGUCUGUCACAUUGGAAUAUAAACCAGAGACUGGAACAAACAUGGAACUUGGUGGAAAAGAGCACACAGGCGGAAAUAUUCUCCCUCAACCCCAGUCUCAAAUCUGUUUCACGGCCUCAUCUCCAUCUAUCCCACAGUCAAGUGUUAAAGUCCAAGACACCACAGAACACGGGGUUACGGAGCAGCCUGACAGGGACCCACUUGUCCACGCAAAUCAAAGCAGCCAUAUACCUCCGCCAGGGCAGGCAGGUGGCCGCCAGGACUCAAAAUCGUCUCCGCUCCCUUUACCCUCACCUGUGGACAGUGAGAUUAAACAAACUGACCUGUCAAAAACACAACCGGAAAUCAUCAAAGAGAUCUCAAAUGAUGCCAGAGAAACACAGAAACAAAAUUCUUUGGAAGCAGUUGAGAUGUUUGAGCAUGUUAAAGAGCUUGUUGACACUUCUCACAAAGAAACACAACCUCCCUCCGCUGAAAUACUUGAGACCCCAAAGGCAAGAGAACCGAUUCCUGGAUUAUACACUUCUCCCGGGAAAGGAAGCUCAGUGUCCGGCAACAUCCAGAGGGGCUGCCAUCCACUGGAAGGAGAGCAGGUGGAGAGAAGCAUGAGGGAAGAACAAACUUACCCCUCCUCAUCCGACUUAACAAUGGUGCCAGAGUGCUCCUCCACACAGGAGAGUUCCUCCAAACCCUCUGUUGCACCGCCACUGUUUGACACAGGCCUGGUUGUUUCACUGCAGGCGGAGCAGGUUGUUGAAGCAGAAACAUCUCAUCCCUCCGACCAAGUCCCCACAACAGAGACGCCACUCACUGCUGAGCUUGUGCAUUCAGCUGAAGCUCAAGAAAUUGUUGUUGUCAGAGAGGAGGCUCAUAUCAGUGGGGACUGGUCUAACAUGCACCUGAAUCAGAGUUACCUCCUGCAGCGAGAAGACGGCAGCGUCUGUGAAGCUGCCAUUGUUAACGAGCUGAGCUCUGAACUCUCUACUGGGGAACCAAAGCUGUAUGAGAGUGUUGAGGCAGAUAUUGAGUUAGACUCACAACCCGUGGAAGUGUACGAGUUUUGCACCCUGGUUGAGGAGGUUGCUGAGGAAACAGUCUGUGCCAGCAGUAGCGCACAGAUACCUCACUCUCCAGGAUAUGAGGUGAACUUAUUCAACGCAUUACUGGAGCACUCUGAGGAGGACCUUGAACCAUCUAUUCACACAAUUAAUGAAAGUGGCACUGUCAUUAUUUCCCAGCAGCCCUUGCCUUCGUUGCCUGAUGCCAAUCAAAUACAGGCGAACAGUAAUUCCCAUAAUUUGUCCAUACAAAACACAAGGGUAGCAGCUGUCGGGCAGCAUUUGGUAUUAGAUGCUAACCAAGCUGUUGAAGUGGCUAAUUCAAGUGAGGUUUGCUUAGUUGAAGUAACUGCUGUUACGUCUGACUCAUUCGCUGUUGAACAGACGGGCACCAGUCCACAAAUCGUGACAUCUUGCACACAGGUCAAUGCAGCCCUCUUGGACCAAACAGAGGUGAGUGAUUCUCCUGUAAUUCAAAUGAUUCCCCAAAAACAGAAAGCAGAGGCAGCAACUGGUGCACUCUCUUUCAUAUCCCCGGUGGUUACUGGUGAGGACGUACCUGUUGCUGUUUCACUACAUGUUCAGCCCUCUCUAAAUCAGACUGUUGUAAGUGCCACAAAGCGUGAGGCCUAUGUUUCUUCACUCGAAGGGACCAAAGACACCCCUGCUUUGACAGAGACUCCAUCACAGAGUGUCCAGAAUGUUGCUGUGCCCGCAGGAACCAAACCAGAGGCUCUCUGCACCACUCACUCCUCUGGUGUUAUAAAUCCAAAGCUGCUCCUUCUUAAACAGGGAGAAACUCCUCUCCUGAUACACCCACCCCCCCUUUUGGCACAGGUGUCCAAGCAGCAGAGUGCAGCCGGCAAUCUGGCCAAUGCCCACAGCUCUUGGUCUGGCACAGUGUCUGAGGAGUGCCUUCCCCAAACUGUCUCGGACUCUUUAUGUGCGCCUGUGGCUCCUAGUGGCCAUAAAGAUCAGACGCAAUGCUCUGUCAAUAAAACUUCAGUGUCAGCAGCCCUGCCUGUCAAGGUACAGCAGCCCAUUAUGAGCGGUAACUCGCUUCAACUUGGCCAGACUGCAGCUGUCACCCCCACAACCUCAACAAGCAAAUCUGACAAAGAGGCCUUAACUGUUACUAAAACUUCAAGCGAAGCAAAUCCUGCGUCCCAGGAUGUUGUCACCCCGACAGAAGCUACGACGCCUAACGCCCUUUACAUGCUCUCAGCAUCCGUUGAAAGAGACAGUGCAGUCAUGGCACCAAGCAGUCUGGAUGACCCUGCCAGCCAACCGGACUCGCUCUAUGUUGAGGAGGAGGGUGACGACAUGGAGCAGGACGAACCAACUGAGGACACUGAGGCUCAGGAGCCCACUUCAGGACAGGUCAGCAGUCCAGAGGAAGGCAGUGAUGAAGAACCUGAUGAAGACAAAACAGAAAGUGAGAUGACCACCCACAGCUCACCACAUAAGCAUGGACAGAGCAGGACAGACAGAAAGGCACUGUUCCUAAAGGUACGCCAGUGGAUAGCAGACAGGGUCACCGCAAACUCCUCCCCUGUCUCACCCUCCACCUCGUCAUCUUACCCUGGCCCCUCACCCACCAGUGAUUGGUCCACCCCACGACGGGAGAAGUCCUCACCUCUCCGGGGUCCUCAUGGGAAGUUUGUUUCUCCUUCUUCUGUUGGCGGCUACAGUUCCUCCUCUUCCCCACCGGAUCAGGCCACCCCUCAGCGACCCCGUGGAGAGCGUCACACAGACAUGGCAGAGCUGGCUAAACAUGAAGCAGACAUCGAGCAUCGGACCCAGGCACUGAAGCGAGAGGGCUUUUGGUCAAUGAAGCGUCUAACCCGCCUGACAGAGCCGCCAAGACCCAAAGUUCACUGGGACUACCUGUGCGAAGAGAUGCAGUGGCUCUCUGCUGACUUUGCUCAGGAGCGAAGGUGGAAGAGAGGGGUGGCUAGGAAGGUGGUACGGAUGGUGAUGAGACAUCACGAGGAACUGAGGCAAAAAGAAGAAAAGGCCAAGAGAGAUGAGCACGCUAAGAUCAGGAGAGUUGCCUCUUCUAUCGCAAAGGAGGUCCGGGCUUUCUGGAGCAGCGUGGAGAAGGUGGUGCAGUACAAGCAGCAGUCCAGACUGGAGGAGAAGAGGAAGAAGGCCUUGGACCUUCAGCUGGACUUCAUUGUCGGCCAGACGGAGAAAUACUCGGACCUCCUCAGCAAGUCUCUCGCACCCACCAGACCUGUUGAAGCUGAACCUGAACCUGUCCCACAGACUCCACAGAAAUCUGUGCCAGCUCCCGUCGAUGAGGAUGACAGAGACUUUGAGCCUCCAUGUGAGGAGGAGGACGAUGAGGAGACCAUAGAGGUGGAGGAGCAACAGGAGGGCAAUGACGCUGAGAGCCAUCGGAGAGAGAUUGAACUGCUGAAGGAGGAGGGCUUGCUGCCCCUCGACCAGUUACUCAGCACCCUCAAACUGCCAACGGAGUCGGGCUCAGAUGAAGAAUGCUCUGAUGAAACCUCCUCAUCGGUGGAGGAGGAAGAGGAAGAUGGCGAAUUCACAGCCAACGAAGAGGAUGCUGAGGAUGAGGAGGACACCAUCGCUGCCCAGGAGAAGGUCGAGGGAAACGUGGAUCACGCAGAGGAGCUGGAUGAUUUGGCCAGAGAAGGUGAUAUGACUGUUGAGGAGCUGCUGGAGAAGUACAAAGGAGCGUACGCCUCAGACUUUGAGGCACCGUCUGCAUCUGGCUCCAAAGAAAGCUCUGAUUCGGAGGUGUCUGGGGAUGAGGAGGAGGAGACUGAGGAAGAUGAGAGUGAUGUGGAAAGCAACACUUCCUCCUCAGAUUCACCAGGAGACAGUGCAGAGGAUGAUGACAGUGAGAAGGAUGAAGAGGAGAGUGAGGAAGAUGAUGAUGAUGAUGGCUGUGGAGAUGAAGGGAUGGAGGUCUUGCUGAAGGAGGGAGACAACAGCCCACCCUCUGCUAGCUCACGGCCAAAGAAAGAGAUCAGCCACAUUGCUGCGACUGCAGAGAGCCUGCAGCCUAAAGGCUACACGUUGGCCACCACAAAGGUGAAGACCCCCAUCCCAUUCCUGCUUCAUGGCACGUUACGAGAAUACCAGCACAUUGGACUCGACUGGCUGGUCACCAUGUACGAGAAAAAGCUGAAUGGCAUUCUGGCUGAUGAGAUGGGUUUGGGAAAAACCAUCCAGACUAUCGCUCUGCUGGCUCACCUCGCCUGUGAGAAAGGUAACUGGGGCCCUCACCUCAUCAUCGUGCCCACCAGUGUGAUGUUAAACUGGGAGAUGGAGCUGAAACGCUGGUGUCCUGGGUUUAAAAUCCUCACUUACUUUGGCAGCCAGAAGGAGAGGAAGCUAAAGAGACAGGGUUGGACGAAACCUAAUGCUUUCCACGUUUGCAUCACUUCGUACAAGCUGGUACUGCAGGAUCACCAGGCCUUCCGACGCAAGUCUUGGCGCUACCUGAUUCUAGACGAGGCACAAAACAUCAAGAACUUCAAGUCCCAACGCUGGCAGAGUCUGCUGAACUUCAACAGCCACCGGCGACUGCUGCUGACAGGAACGCCGCUCCAGAACAGCCUGAUGGAGCUGUGGUCUCUGAUGCACUUCCUCAUGCCCCACGUGUUCCAGUCUCACCGUGAGUUCAAAGAGUGGUUCUCCAACCCGCUGACGGGAAUGAUCGAGGGCAGUCAAGAGUACAACGAGGGCCUGGUCAAGAGGCUCCACAAGGUGCUGAGACCUUUCCUGCUCAGAAGGAUCAAGAUCGACGUGGAGAAGCAGAUGCCCAAAAAAUACGAGCAUGUGGUGCGCUGCCGCCUCUCCAAGAGACAACGAUUUCUCUACGAUGACUUCAUGGCUCAGGCCUCGACCAGAGAGACGCUGGCCAGCGGUCACUUCAUGUCUGUGAUUAACAUCCUAAUGCAGCUCCGCAAAGUGUGCAACCACCCCAACCUGUUCGACCCUCGACCCAUCCAGUCUCCCUUCAUCACGCAGCCCAUUGUUUUCCACACAGCCUCUCUGGUGCAGGACGCCUUGGAGGUCUCUCCUUUGAAGCGCUGCGACCUCUCUAUGUUUGACUUUGUUGGUUUGGAGAGCCGUGUGUCCCGGUACCAGGCAGAUGUCUUCCUGCCGCGUCACAAGGUCAGCCGCCAACUAAUCCAGGAGAUCACGGAGUCCCCUGAACCCCCACCGAGACCUAAACCAGUCCGCAUGAAGGUCAACAGGAUGUUCCAGCCGCCUCCUAAAAGUGAUAAUCGACCGGUCCUGCUGAUGAACAAACCCACCUGCUCCGUGCCGCCUGCAGCACAGACCCCCAAACCUCCUCCAGUGACUGAAGUCACAUCAACUCCUGCUCCUGCUCCUGUAGUACAGCAAGUUGUGUGUUCAGUCGCAACCACGGCCCCUCGCCCAGCCAUGCAUCCCACCGCUCAAACUGCAGUGAGAUCCAGUGCUCCAAAACCAGUGCUGACCGUACGGCCUCCCACUGCUUCCUGCACCGCCAGUAUCCCUGCUCAUCCAAGUCCAAACCCCAGCAACGUCCUGCCCCAGAGGGUCCUGCUCAGCCCAGAUAUGCAAGCUAGGUUGCCUUCUGGUGAGGUAGUGAGCAUAGCCCAGCUCGCCUCCCUGGCAGGACGACCUGUGUCGUCCUGCCAGGGCAGUAAACCCGUCACCUUCCAGCUUCAGGGCAACAAGUUGACUCUGUCUGGAGCUCAGAUCCACCAAGUCCCAGCAGCGUCUCCACGCCCAGUUCAAGGUAAUGUGAUGCACCUGGUGUCCAGCGGGGUGCAGCACCACCUCAUCAGCCAGCCUGCCCAGGUGGCUGUCCAGAGCGCAGCCAACACACAUCCUGCAAACACCUCCUCCACUGCUCCGCCUGCAAACCGGCUGCCUCACAAUGCCUCAGCACAAGUGCCCCCCGCCAUGGUGAGCAGCCCCGGCGUCGUGAAGAUUGUUGUGCGUCAGACAGCAGGCAAGGACGGCGGGCCUGUGCCCACCCUGGCUGUGGCCCCUUCCCCUCGUGUUGCUCCUCAGGCAUCCCCUUCCCCGCACCCCCACGCCAACACAACCCCUGUCAGAAACACAGCUCCACUGCAAAUUGCCCAGCGCACCCCUGGUCCCGCUACCGCCCACUACACCAUGGCUCCUCCCGGAAACCCCAGCCCGACCCCAAACCAGCCCCACCCCCCUCGCCCUGUCCUCAAAGUAGUGCAGCCUCCUCCAUCGAGCACAGAGCAGCCAGCUCCAGCUCAGGUCACCUCUUCAUCCUCUGUGUCCAAGUCUUCAUCAGCACCACGUGACGGCAGCAGCAGUCAGACACCAGUUAGCACCAAGUCCAGGCCCAGUACAGGAGCCAAAGCCUUCCCUCCUCCCAGGAGAGUGCCGCGUCCACCUCCUCGCUCGCCCUUUCACAUGUCAUGGCUGGCAGACAGCCUCAAACAGCAGCGCGACAGCCGACUGGACUUCAUCAUUCGAGUCAACGAGAACCACUGUGCAGCAAAGCCCGUGUAUGGCAGAGAGGUUUUGGACUUCCUGACUUUCCUCCCUGGUCCCCGUCCCUCGCCGGCCGCCCUGAGCGCUCAGGGGGAGUGGGGCCGCUCGGGCCACAGCAGCGCUCUCUACGCACAGCAGCACAACAAAUACAACUUCUGGUUUCAGAGUCACGCUGUGAGAGAGGCCAUCCACAGCAUCGAAGACAGGCUGGAGCUGCUCAAUGACAUCAUAGACAGGUUUACGUUUGCCAUUCCUCCAGUGGAGGCUCCUCCCAUCUCCAUGCACUGCUGCCACCCUCCUCCGUCUCUGAGCCACAAGCAGGCCGUCUUCUCCACCUUGUUGUCAGCUCAGGUCGCUCCACUCACGGGCAGCCUCCAUCGUAUCCAGUGUUACAUGAGGACCCAGUUCCCAGACCUGAGGCUCAUACAGUAUGACUGUGGUAAGCUGCAGACUCUCCACACUUUGCUGCGUAAGCUGAAGACAGGAGGCCACAGAGUGCUGAUCUUCACUCAGAUGACGCGCAUGUUGGACGUGUUGGAGCAGUUCCUCAACUACCACGGACACAUCUACCUCCGUCUGGAUGGCAGCACGCGUGUGGAGCAGAGACAGGCCCUCAUGGAGCGCUUCAAUGCAGAUCGACGUAUUUUCUGCUUCAUUUUGUCAACUCGCAGCGGAGGUGUAGGCGUGAACCUGACGGGAGCCGACACAGUGGUGUUCUACGACAGCGACUGGAACCCCACCAUGGACGCCCAGGCGCAGGACCGCUGCCACAGAAUCGGCCAGACCAGAGACGUCCACAUCUACAGGCUGAUCAGCGAGCGAACGGUGGAGGAGAACAUUUUGAAGAAAGCCAAUCAGAAGAGGAUGCUGGGAGAUAUGGCCAUUGAAGGAGGAAACUUCACCACUGCCUUCUUCAAACAGCAAACCAUCCGAGAGCUCUUUGAUAUGAACGAUGGGGAGAGGAGGGAGGUGGCAGUGGAGCUCUCAGUGCCCCAGGCUGAGGAGGAGGAGGCUGUCAACAAACAGAGCACCACCAUUCUGGAGCAGGCCCUGUGUCGUGCCGAGGAUGAGGAGGACAUAGUUGCUGCCUCUCAGGCCAAAGCGGAGCAGGUGGCAGAACUGGCGGAGUUCAAUGAGAACAUACCACUGGAUGACGGAGGGGAACAGGAGGAGGUGGAGGAGCUCUCCAAGGCUGAGCAGGAGAUCGCUGCUCUGGUGGAGCAGCUCACUCCAAUUGAACGCUACGCCAUGAACUUCCUGGAAGCCUCACUAGAAGACGUGUGCAAAGAGGAGUUGAAGCAGGCUGAGGAACAAGUGGAGGCUGCCAGGAAGGGCCUGGACCAAGCCAAGGAGGAGGGCCUUAAGCUUCAUGCUUCAUCCGAUGAUGACGAGGAUGACUUUUUGUCGCCGCCAGCCUCUGUGGAGCCUGCUCAGCCAGCCCGCCGUGGCCGUAAACCUAAGGACAAGGACAAGAUUGUCACCUCAACAAGGACCAGCGGUCGACUGCGUGGGGCCUCACCUGAAACGGAACCUGAGCCCACAACCCCUAGAGAAGUGCCUGAAAGACUCCGCUGCGGUCUGAGAGGACGAGGAGCUGCCAAAGACACUGGUACUGUGUCAACCACCCCGUCCCGCACAGACCAUCACAAAACCUCCUCGUCAACCAGGCUUCAAGAUUCCUCCAAGUCGUCAAAAGCCUCAUCUCCUGCCAGAGAUCACCAGACCAUCAAAACCAGGACUCUGCCAAACCGCUCCCAUCCCAGUCCAGUGCCUUCCCCUCCUACGACCUCUCCCCCUGGAGGGAAACAACAGUGUGUUGGGGAGACCGACAGCAAGACCUCCAAAGCCUGCAAAGAGGAGAAGGAAGGGGAGAAGGAGAGGAGGGUGUCUGAGUCUUCGCUAGAAUCCAGCUGCCCGGCGGACCAUCAGGCAAAAGAUGAUGACACCAAAGACCACAGCGCCAUGUCUCCCCCCUCCACCAGCUCCAGAUCACCUCGCAAGCGUCAGUCAGCAGAUGGUGAAGUCCUGCGGGGCCUGGUUGAAGACUCUCCAUCGGCCAAAGUCCUGCGAAAACUUCCAGGGAGGUUGGUCACGGUGGUGGAAGAGAAAGAGCCAAGGAGGAGGAGGCGAAGAGGAAGUGGCACUGGAGGUGGAACUUCUUCAGAGGAGGCCACCGUGGAGGAGAACACUGCCGGAUUCGUUGAUGAACCAAACAAAGACAACACGUCACUGAGCCCUGACAGCAAAACAAAAGGGACCGUUACCAAAUCUCCUCAGGACCAAGACUCUACUCCUAGUCCGUCUGUGCACCCACCGCCUGUCAGAAGUUAUCCUCCAUAUUCCCCGUCCCAUCUUUCUCCUGACAUGCCUGUGCUGAGAAAUCUUCCCGUGCGGCGCAGGCUGGAAACUGAAUCUCGCAUGGCUGCUCAGCUGGGAGAGCAACAGCAGCAUCUGGGUCGGGGAAGGGGAGGAAACCAGUCCAGAAAAACAGACGUACAACCAGGCAAAGAUGCCACUGCAACUUCCACAGACUCCAGUGUGAACUCUGUUGUGGCACCUUUGAAGAGAAAGAGGGGCCGGCCCCCUAAGACUCCCCCAAGGUUACCAGAGUCUGACAGCACAGUGACCCCUUCUUCACAGCCCACCUCGCCAAGUGACGAAGGGAAUCCUCCUCUUUCCCCGAAACGUAAGAGAGGUCGCCCUCGCAAAGACUCCACAACUGCACCAGAGACUGUCAGUGAAGGACAUAACUCUAAAAAUGAGACCACAACUACUGGUAUAUCUGGUAUAUCCAAAACUGAUGCUAGCACAGAGCCAACUGUCUCACCUCCCCAUAAGUCAGAGACCCCUAUAGCUGCUGUCGUCACUACAAGUCACGCCUCCCAGUCUACCAAAGCUGAGGGAACAGAAACCAAGAGUGAGGUUACAUCCCCUUCUCCAAAUCCAGCUAAAGCCCCCACAGCAACAUCAACAACAGAUAAAGCUUCCACACCAGUUGCAGCUUCAGUGCAAGUACCCACUACACCUGCACCCCUUCCUGUGGUUGCCUCCACAUCAGCUUCAGCCCAAUUCAUUAGCUCAGCUCCAGCUCCAGUUUCAAGCCCAGACACAGCAGCAACCCAGGUGUCCCCCGCAUCCUCUGUCCCACUUUCCACAUCUACCACCAUCCCAGUUACUGCUACCACCAUCCCAGUUACUGCUACCCCCACUACCACGGCUCCACUGCCACCUGCUAGCACCAUCACAUCAACUCUUCCAGGUGUAAAACCAACACUUGUGGUUUCCACUGCUUCUAAAGCUGCCGUAGAGCCAAAACCUUCGGUUUCUACAACUGUGAAAACAACAGGACCAGAUUCUGCCAAAACCGCCACAGUUGCCACUCCAACUGCUGCCACCCCAUCGGCUGUGUCAUCUCCUGCCACGGCUGUCAAAGCAGUUCCCACAUCGGUCGCUGCUGCAACAAUCACAACAGCCGCUAACGUAGUAUCAAAAACAGUCAGCGUUACACCAGCAGUCACCACUACAGCAAAAUCAGUCGCAACAAAAAGUACAACUGUGAAGGAAUUGAAGCAAGUUACUGCUUUGUCAUCUACGACAUCUUCCCCAGCUGCUGUAACUUCCACCUCAGCUACCAUAACCUCCACCUCAGCUGCUGUAACUUCCCUCCCAGCUACCAUAACCUCCACCUCGGCUGCUGUAACUUCCCUCCCAGCUACCAUAACCUCCACCUCGGCUGGUGUAACUUCCCUCCCAGCUACCAUAACCUCCACCUCGGCUGCUGUAACUUCCCUCCCAGCUACCAUAACCUCCACCUCAGCUGCUGUAACUUCCCUCCCAGCUACCAUAACCUCCACCUCGGCUGGUGUAACUUCCACCCCAGAUACCGUAACCUCCGCUCCAGCGACCAUAACCUCCAGCUUGACUACCAUAACCUCCGCCUCAGUUACUGUAACCUCUGCUCCAGCAACCGUAACCUCUGCCCGAACUUCCACCCAGAAGGUUUCAACUACAGUUGCAACCCCGGCAACAGCUUCCCCAAAACCAACCUCAGCAUCCUCCUCCGCUACAGCAACAACCGUGACAGCAACAGUAAAAACAUUCCAAGCUCGUCCAUCAAACUCAACAUGUCCAAGCACAGCUCCCACUGCAACUCCAACCAUGUCUUCUUCUACAACUCCAUCAGUAACAACAGUCUCAUCUGCUGCAAAUACAGCUCCAUCUUCUCCAGUGCAAGCAAGGAGUAAUGCGACAGCUACCAAAGUCCCUACCAAACCAGUCUCAACUUCACAGCCACCAACAACAACAGGUCCAGUGUCUAAACAGGCAACAGCUGUCCCAGUGGUUGGCACAUCCUCUGCAAAACCUCCUGCUAUACCAACCCCAACCUGCACUCCUUCCCCAACCACAGUGUCUGCCAGUGUAGCUACCACAGCCAAGUCUAAGACAGUUAAAGUAACUUCAUCACCCCCAACAGAGGGAGUCCAAGUAAAAAACCCUGUAGCAGUAGCCCCCUCCAAAGAACACUCAACGCAAUCAACCCCUGCCACAACUGCAGAAAAGACUGUCAAGAUCCCACCUCCUGUUACAACUUCCACAGGUGCUACACCAGCUCCAGUACCAACAGUCACCACAGCUACAUCAUCCUCAGAAAAGUCUAGUACAGCUGCUACCACAAACAUUGUCAUGACUACCCAAGCAUCCACUACCACAGCCACCCCUGUGUCUGUAGCAGCAGUAGCCACUACCACAGCUGCCACCACCAAAACAGCUCCCCUUGUGUCCACCACGCAAACAUCUGCAGUAACUUCCCUGCAAGUACAAAGCUUGGAUGUGUCCACACCAACCAAGACGGAGGCCCCACCCCAGGUAGCUACAUCUGCUUCCUCCAGUGUUUCAUCUGAUAAACAAUCUUCAGAGCCGACGCAGAAAGUGUCCAAGAGUGACCCAGACAGGGAGACAGAAAUGGAGGUAGACACAGUGGAGGCUGGUGCAAGGACUAGCAAGGAGGAUGAUGACAAAAAGGAGGACAUCUGCAAGUCUCAGGCUAAAAGGAGAAAAGUGGAGAGUUCCUCUGAGACCAAAGAGUCGGACAGGGAGGGAGCAGGCGGAGAAGCACAGCCUGCAGCUGCCCCUCAGAAAGAAGAACCUAAGCAACAGGCGGUGGAGCAAACUCCAAUCCCGAAAAGGCCUCUCAGUCGCCAGAGUAGCCAGGAGUCUGCUCGCUCCUCCUCGUCAUCAUCUGGGUGCUCUACAUCAACACUCACCCGUCACGCUCACCACAAGAGGACUUACGAGAACAGACAUCCUGCCAAGAAGAGGCGGAUGGAUGUCGCAUCAGAAACAGGGAAGGAGGAGAAAAAAGAAGAGGGUGGAGUGAAGGAAGAGGAAAGCAGCAAAAAGGAGCUCACCACCGCUCGGAGAAGACGUUCCAGGUCUUCCUCUUCCUCCUCAGACUCUGACAACAGUGAGAGCAGGAAGGAGCACCGGUUGACUCGCUCGGGGAAGCACAGGCUACAAGAUCAGGAGAGGGAAAAGGGCAACAGCCGGCAGGGAAAGAAACCUGCGCCCAGCGCUGACAGAAAUGCGUCAAACAACGCCAACACAUCCACAGGUGGAGAGUCUGGCAGUGAUACAUCUUCUGUUAGGGUCACCAGGAAGUCUGCAGGAUCUCAGCCUUCACAGGACAGUAAAGCUCAGACAAACAGCGCCCCCUCGUUGCCUCCUGAGCCCGAAGUUCUGGGGAAGAGGUGCUCAGCACUCAAUGCGGCAGCCAAGCUCCUAGCAAUGAAAGGCAGGGUGGAUACCCCUGGCCACACCACUCGGAAAGACUCGGGAGCGAAGGCCACAGGGACUUCUCCUGCCUCCUCUUCUGACAAGAACCAAAAGCCUAAACGCAAAAGUGUACCAGCCUCCCCUCAGACUAACUCUGUAAAUCUUACUAACAAUAAAAGCAGUGGCAGCAAACCCUCAACGCCCAAUCAGACAAGCCGCCCUGCGCCCCGCUCCACCAGACAGUGCCCCGGUUCUCUAGUUCCACCCCUGGAAGUGGAGUACAGGAGGUCUAAAGCAGAGGAAAAGGAAAGGGGGAGUAGGAAGUCAUCAGGGGGAAAGGACGGUGAGACAGAGGGACAGUCUUCGUCCCGGGGCCACAGUGCCUGCAGCAGCAUGAGCAGUGACGGCGAGGGCGGGCGCAGCAGCAGAAGCCGCAGCAGCAGCAACAGCAGCCAACGUACUCACAGCAUCAGCUCUCAGAACACCGAGCACAGAGAGUCCCGCGCCGCUUCCUCCGGCAGCGAGCGCGAGAGGGAUCGCAGCUCCGAGAGCAGAGACAAAAGAGACCAGCAGGGCCAGCGCAGGGAGAGUCGGAAGGACAGGAGGUCUCAAAAGCUCUCGCAGGAGGUGACCAGCAGUUCAGGAACAGAGGGGACGCCGGACAGGGUGCUGCGUAGUGUCGCAGCGCUCGCGGCAGUGCAGGCCCGGUCACCGGCCGCAAGCACCCGCUCCUCUUCUGGUCAACAUCGUCACAACAAGACAUGAUCAGAGUGCCAAAGGGAAAAAAUGGAAGCGAGAGUGCCGUUGUAGAGCACGAUACGAGAGCAUGUCAUGACCUCCAAGGUUGCUGCUUUGUGUGCACUCUUAAUGAAUGCAAGGGAACUGAGUGCUGCACAAGCCAGGGACCUCCCUGCCUCUUGGGCCCUCUCCCUUUCCAAUUGGAGCUGGUCCUCUCACCAGCUCAGCCAUUGUCAGCUGGGGGAAGGCUCAGGGAUGCCGGACUGAGAGUUAAAAAAAAAAAGUGGCACCAUCGUUGUGCGUCCGUGAACGGACAGAGAUGGUACAGUGGGUAAAGUCACCACUGGGACUUGAGGGGGGCAAAGGUGCAAGAGGUUAUAAAGGAAAGUUGUUAGUUCACCUUAUGUACUGUAAUCAUUUAAGACUGGAACACUCAGAUCUUAUGUGUUAAGAUGGGAUUAUACAGCACCCUCUGUCAGGGUCGUAAACAAAAAGUCAUUUGUGUGACGUUAAAAACUUGCGAGUGACCAGUUGUAUUGUAAGUUGGAGGUUUUAGAGAGUUUGGUUUUGAAAAUUUCGUCAGCUGUCCUGACUAUUGUUUCUUUGUAGUCAGUUGAUAAGUUAUGCAUAUUUUAUUAUUUCUUCCAGGGUUUUGGGAAGAGACCAGAUCUGUCAAUGUGAUCUUUGCUGCACUAUGCUGGAGCUUGUCUUUGCUUGGGCCCCUUUGUUUGUCACGUCAGUUUCUGUUCAUUGGAUUCAUUUUUAAAUCCAGCCUUGCAUUUUUCAUUUGCACAUCUGAUAUUGUGGCCCUCGGCUUUUGAGUACAUUGUGGUGUAGUAAUACGUUUUUACAUCAACUGGUUCCUCACGAUGCAUCUCUACAGUCUGAAAAACUGCAUUAAUUGAAGUUGCGAAUUGUCUUGAACAUGUGCUCGUCACCACGACCCGGAGCAGCAGAAGCUAAAUUUCUUUUUCCUAAUCCUCCCAAAGGCAUUUCUAGUUAACGCUCCACUUUGUCGUGUAUUUAUAUUGAAAGGGCAAGUACAUGUUAUUGAAAUUAAGAGUGCCUCUUUGGCCAAAUGGGUUUGAACCUCAGAUUGCCUUGUAAAGCACCUGAAGCAGGGGUGUUGAGCUUCUCUCCUUAUUUAAAAAAAGCCAAAACAACAACAGCAACAAAAAAAGACAGAACCUGGAGAACAUCAAGAGACGCACCCUGUGCAUCAGUGCUACCAAAUUAAUGUUUUAUUUUUCACCUAUUUCUUUUUUUGUUUUGUCACCAUCACGUCAUUGCUCUUCGUUCAUGUAAAAAAAAAAAAACAAUUACUUGGACAAAAUAUGUGAAUAAAAUUACUGGUACAGUUCCAGAUGACUGUAAAUUGUCGAUUUACUUUUGGACUUGUCGGAGCUAUUUUGAGCAGAGGUGAUAUUUGGGGGCGGGGCGGGGGGCGGGGGAUAGUUUAUGGUGAUGGUCUUAUUUUUGAUUUGUCUCUCUUCAUUUGUUGCAUUCCUUUGAUCCCUUGUAAUUCCACAUUGUUUUACUUGAAAAAUUAAGACAAUUACAGUUGAAUAAAAAGACCAAAAAUUA